AUGUGCACUCUUUGUGAAGCUGUUGGUGGUGGACACGGAGUGGUCAGAAGCGUAAUGAAAUUCAUGAUCAAGCACUUUGCAGCUGAACUUUUGAGCGCGCGCCUCUUCCAGGGGCAGGAUGCUGUGGAGAGACUGCAGCAAGCAAUCAAGCAGACACCCUGCUAUGCUAGGGACAACCGCUCAAUUGACACCAUCAUCCGGUUGAAUUCCAGCCAACUUCAACAGUAUGUUCGUGGAGCUUGGAGCUCUGUACCUGAUCUUGGUUCGAGUGACGCACACAAGCAGUUUCUUGGAGCUGUUAUCAAUCCAUGUCUACGCUGCAACGCGCAGGGGAUGCCAGAUCAAUUUGCAGACACUCUGGCCAAAUUCUCUUUGUGUUUGGCAACCGGACAAGCCUCCGAGACAGACUUGGCAAACAUCCGGCUUGCCAGCGCAGCUAUCAGUGGUGGAUUGAACGAUCACCCCCUGUUGCAGGGGCUUUCGCUGCAGUGUCUAGAAAUGCUAGACAAGCAAAAGCGAGGAGCUGAUAUGCGUGGGCGCAAGGCCGCCAGAACAGCAAGGGAGGAAGCCUUAAUCAACGACGCUGGCAUGCAGCUAGCGAUGCUUUGUGGCAACAAAGAACUAGCUGCGCAAUUUGGCGUCCCAGGGACUGCUUUCAGGACAUCUUUCAAUGAGCUGACCAAGCAUAGCCUGCCAUGCCCAGUUCUAGCUUUGCAUUUCCCGGAUCAGCUACGAGAAAAUGCUCUAUUGGUGCACCAGCGGUACAAAUUGGACGAGAAGAAUUGCGGGCAGCGACGUUUGAUGUUGGCUUUCGACGGGACAUACCUCACAGCUACCCUGUCGCAGAUCACCUUGAUCAACGGUGCAAGAGGGCUUGUUGGCGGUGCUUGGGCGCCAGGCAAUGCUGCAACCUGCUUCUUAGAUCUCAAUGAUCCAUCCUUGAAUGCGCGGGAAGUCCCAAAGGCCGGCCUGAUGUACGAGUACAUCGUUUGGGACCCAUGCUCUGCAGCCAAAUCUGCCCUGUCAGUGGCUUCAAUGCCAACCAUGCAUAGUUGUGGAGGAUCUGGCGCUGCUGCAGCAGGCCAAUGGUCCAUGCUGCACACUGUCGGAAUUUUCAUGAAAGAGUGUGGACACCUUAUCCGCUGCAUGACGUUCGACGCCUUUGGGACACACACGCUUGUGAGGAAAAUGUUGCACGGGCAGCAUGCAGAUUGCGUAGACCCAGUGGCGUUGAAGGAAGUUGCCUGGUUCAGCGAAUUAGAAUGGGAAGCUUUGCCCAGGAGCGCUUUGCCCCGGUUACCAAUCGCGUUGUGCAAGCACAGCAACGAAUACAUCUACUGUAUGCCGGGACCUUGUCACGCAAACAAAAACACCAGCGGCCAACUGUGCAGCAUGUUGAGAACAUGCACAUAUGGUGAGUACUGGGCCGACGUCACCUUGGCUCGCUCUCACGGACUACCUCCCGCUGCAUAUAGCAGAGAAGAACCGAUGAGCGAUAAGCUCAACAGCCUCCUGACUAAUCCAUUCUUUUUGGUGGAGGAGGUCGACGGGCGCCUGAACUCACUUGUAGUGCCAUGGGCUUUGCGUGGAGCUACUGUGCACAACGUGGUUUGCGCUAUGGCUUUGGCACCUGCCUUGCAUCGCGACCUCACUUUGCUUCAGAGGUGCGAGCUAGGUUUGACAGCAUUCUUGAGCUUAGACAUCUUCCGCAUGAUCUCCAGCGCCAAAUGCCGAGAAAAGGGUCUACCAACUGGACCCUUAUUUAUGGCACCUCAGACCGUCUUCAACCUUCAAGGUGUGGCUUUGUCAGUGAUUGCCAUGUGUGUAUCCAAGCCAAAAGGGUGGACUCCGUGGAAGAGAGGAAGUGCAAGAGCUUCGGAACUGACGGUGGAGCAGUUCUUUAGCUUCAUCCGCGCACAAUCCUCGAAUUCACAGCACACAGCGCGCUCCUAUUGGACUGCAGCCACCAGACAGAACCUCAGAACAGGCGCCAGGAUGAACAAGAACAUGAAGGCAGAUUCUAGGCUUGGUUACGUUGUGUUAAUUGUAGAUCACUGCAGGAACAAUGUUCACCUACAAAAUGAGUGGGCUUUCGGCCCUUAUAGCUUUCACUUUUACUCUGGCAUUUGUUGA